GUCCCUUGCCCAGCUCAUGAUGGCAUGCUCUCGAUCGUGUUCCUGCAUUUUGGGGGUCAGCCUGGGCAUUUCAGCCCAAGUGGCAGCUGGCGCCAACCUUGCUCUGCUCUUUCCUGGCUGGGAAGUGACCUAUCUGAAAAAUGGCCUAAUAGGCAAGCAUGCUCUGAGGGGCACGGGCCUCUGGGGAGCUGGCCUGAUGGUCCUGUUUGCAUCUGUUCUCAUCACACUGACAGGUUGGCGGCGGGCCUGCUUCAGUAACAGUGGACACUGCAAAAGUUUGCUCGUUUCCGUGCUGGCAGGUUUCCUGGCUUUUUUAGGAGCCUUUGCAUGCUUUGUCACAUCUGGUGUGGCCCUGAAGGAUGGCCCCUUCUGCACGUUUGAUGUUCCCUCAUCCAAUGAGACACAGGCCUUGAAGUACGGCUAUCCAUUUAAAGGCUUGAAUGACAGGAAUUACCUUUACGACCACUUCCUCUGGGAUUCAGUUUGCAUUGAGCCUCCUAGAGCUGUCAUCUGGCAUGUAAUUUUCUUCUCCACACUCUUGGGUGUCAGUGUCAUCCAGAUUCUCCUGGUGUUAGCUCAACUGAUCAACAGCAUAAUGGGUCUCUUCUGUGGCUUCUUUGAGAAAAGAGAGAUUUAACUUCCAAUCUGUGGUAGAGAUGCCCUUCUCAAGUUGUCCUCCUUUCAAAAAAGAAACUGAUUAUGGAAACAAGAAAAUGUGAAGAAAGUAAGAAACACACUCUCUACUGAUAACUUUGUCAUCUUUACUAUAUUUCUAAUGGGCACAGUUAUGGACAGGAAAGCCCAAACAUAAGUUAACAAGCAAGAAAAAAAACUGUUUCUUGCUUGUUAAUAGUUCAUUAAAAAUGAAUUAACAACAGAGAAAGGACUAUGGUGAUAGAAAAGAUCAGAUGUCCAGCUCGGAAGAAUACAAUGAAGAUAAAACAGGCUUCUUGCAAAGCUUCAAGGAAAAAAUAUAACAUGGUCACAAGGCCAAAAAUGUUCUUGGAAGAACUUAAAAAGGAGUUUAAAAAUCAAAUGAGAAAUGUAAAAGAAAAAUUGAGAAAGAAAAUAAGAGUAAUGCAAUAAAAUCAAGAAAAUUAUGAAAAGAAAGCAAAAAGAAAAAAAAGAAAAAGAGAUCUAAAUACUUACUGAAGAAAAUAAAUAUUUAAAAAUUAGAAUUAGGCAGGAAAAAGAAAAUGACUUCAAAAGACAUCUAGAAAUAAUAAAACAAAAUCAGAAGAAUGAAAAAAAAAGAACACGAAGUUAUCUCAUUAGGAAAACAAUUGACCUAGGAAAUAGAUAAAAGAGAAAUAAUAUAAGAACUGUUGGACUAUCUGAAAGUCAUGACCAAAAAAGAGUCAAGAACCUGUGUGAUAAGAAGUUAUUAAGGAAAAUUGUUCUGAAGUGUUAGAAAUAAAGGAUAAAAUAAAAAUUGAAAAAAAAAUCCAUCUUUCACCAUCUGAAAACAUCCCAAAAUGAAAAUUUACAGGAAGAUUAUAGCUAAAUUGCAAAGUUCCCAAAUCAAACAGAAAAUAUUAUAAACAUCUAGAAAGAAACAAUUUAAAUAUUGUGGAGCUACAGCCAGAAUAACACUAGAUUUAGCAAUUUUUACUUAAAAGACCAAAGGGCUUAUGGGACAUAAUAUUUUGAAAAGCAAAGGAGCUGGGUUUGCAACCAAAAAUAAUCUAUUCAGCAAACUCCCCCUACAAGAGGGAAAAAAUGGAUAUUUGAUUAAUCAAAAGAUUUUUCAGGCAUUCCUGAGGAAAAGACCAAAAUUGAACAGAAAUUUGAUUUACAGAUACAAGAAUAAAGUGAAACAUAAGAAGGUAACCAUGAAAGUCUAAUCAAAGAGAUUUAAUAAGAUUAAACUGUUUACUUCUUAUAUGGAACAAUGAUAUUUGUAACACUUGAAAAUGUUAUCAUCUCCAGGGUAGUUAGAAAGUAUAUACAUAUAUAGAAGAUUUUGAGUUGAGUUGAUUAUGGUCAGAGAAUUCUAAAAAAUAAAGUUGGUUAGGGAGAGGAAAAAUGAAACAAAUUAUCUCAUACAAAAGAGGCGUGAAUGGAAGAACUCUACAGUAGAGUAGAGGAAGAGGUGAAGGGCAGGCAGAGAGUUUUAUUCUCAUCAGAACUGAAUUAAAGAGGGAAUAACAUACAGUUGAGUAUUUUAAAAGAUCUUCAUUAGGGAGGGUCUCUUAGAAAAGUUUACAAAUUAGGGAGACAGAAGGCAGAAGGAAAUCAGGUUUCUGGGGAGGACUGGGGUAAAAAGACAAAAGGAUAAACAGAAGGAAAAAUAAGAUGGAGGAAUAUAUACAAUUAGUAAUCAUAACUUUGAAUAUGAAGGGAUGAAUUCACUCUUGAGUUCAUUAAAUGGAAAAACAUUUAAUGGAAACAGAGAGCAGAAUGGAUCAAAACCCAGAAUCUGAUACUAUGUGUUUGUUUGUUUUUUCCCCAGCAAACACAUUUUAAAAAGUUCACAUAGAAUAAAAAUAAAGGACGGAAGUAGAAUUUAUUCUUUAACUGAUGUUAAAAAAAAAAAAAAAGCAGAGGUAGCUAUCAUGAUCUUAGAAAAAGUUAAAACUAAAAUAGAUUUCAUUAAAAGACAUAAGUAAGAUACCACAGAUAAUGACUAUAAAUAUUAAGUAUAUAUGUACCAAGUGCUACAACAUCCAAAUUUAUAAAAGAAAAGAUAAAUGGUUUACAAAUGGAAAUAGUGACACUAUAAUAGAAGGGACUUCAACCUUUCCCACUUAGAAGUAGAUAAUUUAACCAAAAAAUAAAUAAGAAAGACUUUGAGGAAAUAAAUAGAGUCUUAGGCAAGCUAGAUAUUAUAGACAUCUGGAGAGAAUUGAAUGGGAAUAGAAAAGAAUAUACUUUUUUCUCAGUGGUGUGUGGACAUUUACAAAAACAGACAAUACAUUAGGCAUAAAAGCUUUAUGGUCAAA